AUGGUCGGGCCUGGUGGGAAGCGGCGGCAGGGCCAGUCCCGCUCCUCCGCGCAGGCUGCGGUGCGAGCAGAGCUCGGUCCCCGAGCUGUCCUGGCCACCGGGAGCCUGUGCGGAGUGGCCCAGUGCCACCUCCUGGUGCUGGGGAAGUCCCAGCUCCCACACAGCGCCUGCGGGGUCUGGCUGCAGCCCCAGGGUCCAGGGAGCCGGGGAUGGUUUUAUCCGUCGCAUAGCAAUGCCGCCCUCGCCAAAGCAAUGCUGGUCCAGCGGCUGUCCCACCUCUGGGCUUUUAGGACUGGACAGUUUGCUCUCCGUGCUCCGAAGUCGCGCUUCUUCCUUGUUCUUCUUCUCCAGAGCAGCCAAACGCUGCUUUUUCUGCUGUUUGUCUCCCAGGAGCUGGUUCCGGCUGCCGGCGUUGGAUCUGCUGUGGAGGAUGAGCAGCUCUGCUCCCUUUCGCUGCCGGAGGAGAGGCCCGUUGCUGCCCUGUGGGGCUGCCAGCUCAACACGGGCACCCGGAGCUGCGUGGUGAAGGAGGAGGAUGACUUCUUGGAGCACCUGGUCCUGCUGAGAACGAUCUGCCUGGGGGCUGACGCCGGGGAUGAGCUGCACGUGGUGGCCGUUGAUUCAAAAAACACCUACGGAGACCGCAAGCCGGUGCCCAUCGCAGCGCUGCGGACCUCGGUGCUCCCCAUGAUCAGCCUCAAAGGUCUGGAGCUGGUCCCUCCCGUCACCUUCGUGCUCAAGUGUGGAGAUGGGCCGGUCUAUCUCAGCGGGCAGCACAUCACCCUGGAAGAUGAUGCCAAGUCUGAAUCCCACGAGGAAGAGCUCUCAGAGGAAGACGAUGAGGAGGAUGAUGGAGCAUCAUAG